UAAUUCUAAUUAAUUGAAUAAAAUAUAUAUUUUUAUUAAAUUAAAAUUUUUUGUUUUAAAUCAUUCGCACCAGAAUAAAUUUAAUUUAUAGGUAUAAAAAUAAAAAGAAAAUUAUGAUAAACCUUAAGAAUAGUAACUGAGGGGAAAUUAUAAAAAAAGAAAUAUCAUUAUUUUAUUUCAAAUUAUUGACAGGCAUUUUUCCAAAAAAUUAAAAAAAACAAAAAUCCAAAAGAAAGAUAUGAGGAUGUUCUGUUUAUCUGUUUUAUACGAUUUUAUCUCUGCGACUUGUCUUUUUCUCGCCUACAGUUAUCUGUACCCAAAUUCAUCUCUUUUUCGGUGGGUAGAAAAUGGAAAAAACGUUCGUCAGAUACUUUUUGGUGGACGCGUUUGCCGACUCGGCUUUCAAGGGAAAUCCUGGAGUGGUAUGUAUGUUAGAGGACGAGAGAGAUGAGAAAUGGAUGCAAGCUGUGGCCGCCGAGUUCAACAUCCCCACUACCGGAUUCUUGACUGUAGUCACCCAGUCCGAUGAUGUUUCUUCAAAUCCCAGGUUCCCUCUCAGGUGGUUCACUCCUGUGGCUGAGGUCAAGCUUUGUGGUCAUGUAACAUUGGCGGCUUCACAUGCUCUGUUUAGUAAUGGGUUGGUGAAUUCCAGCAUAAUUGAGUUUGAGACGCUUUCUGGGAUUCUAACAGCUAAGAAGACUCCUGAUAUCUUUACUGCUGCUCAAUAUGGUGAAGCAGAAGAGAGCUUUGUUAUUGAAUUAAAUUUCCCGACUGUCCCAUUAGCAGAAUUCAGUUCUGCUGAUGUUGCCUUUGUUUCUAGAGCUCUGAAUGGCGCUACCAUAAUUGAUAUCAAGAGGACUACUGCUGCAGAUGACCUCUUUGUUGUGCUGCCAUCUGGUAAAGCUGUUGAAGAAUUGCAGCCACGUUUUGAUGAGGUUCUAAAAUGUCCCGGAAGGGGGAUUAUUGUUUCUGGAGUUGCUCCACCAGAGUCUGGUUUUGAUUUUUAUAGUCGUUUCUUCUGCCCGAAAUUCAGAGUCAAUGAGUUCUCAAGAAUAUUUGGAAGACUUGACAAAGAUAAAUAUGGUUCGUUAUGUGGUGACAAAGACAUUACGUGUUUGCACUCUUCAGGAUCCUGUUUGUGGGAGUGCACAUUGUGCCUUAGCACCCUAUUGGAGUAAAAAGCUGGGGAAGUGUGAUUUUAUGGCAUAUGUGGCAUCACGUAGAAGUGGAAAAUUGAGCAUUCAUUUGGAUGUGCAGAAUGAUAGAGUGCUGCUGCGAGGGAAAGCUGUUAAUGUCAUGGAAGGCUCUCUUCUAGUUUAGAUGAGAGAGUUACCUCAAUUUGCAUCAUGCGUGUUUGACUAAAUUAAAUAAAUGGCAAUAACUGAAUUGAACA